CAGGUAAUGUAGAGCAGCCCUGUCUCUGUAAAUGUCUCAGUAAGUACAGGAGCUGCUGAGUGUUAUUUCAUGGAUCUGGUUUUUGUGUGGACACGCGUUCACAGUGUGCUGCUGCUGCUGUGGAAGCAACAAUUUAUUUUUGGCAUCUGACAUUAACGCUCACCCUUUGCAAUGGCAGCGGCCCCAUGAAGCUGCCGCAGCACAGCACCGGGGUCUGACUGGACCUCUUUGUCCUCUACUGAGUAAUGAUCAUGGAUAACAGGGACUGAGCAGCACGGGACACGUGAUGGUAAAUUAACAUCUGAACACUGACAAGAAACCUGUUGUGAGCUGUAAGGGGAGAGCAGUUGGUGAAGCGGCAUCGCAGCCAUCAUGACCAAAGAGGAGGAGAUCCCUGACUCGGCGGGAGCCCAGGAGUUCUACGACAAGUACGAGUCCAAGGAGAUUCUCGGAAGGGGAGUGAGCAGUGUUGUGCGUCGCUGCGUCGACAAGCGGACGUCUCAAGACUAUGCGGUGAAGAUCAUCGACAUCACCCCCUCGGACAAGAUGUCACCGGAGGAAACCGAGGAGAUCAGGGAGGCGACGGUGAAGGAGAUCGACAUCCUGAAGAAAGUCUGUGGACAGGACAACAUCAUACAGCUCAAAGACUGCUAUGAGUCCAACGCCUUCUACUUUCUGAUUUUUGACCUGAUGAAGAGGGGAGAACUUUUUGACUUCCUCACAGAGAAAGUCACUCUGAGUGAGAAGGAAACCAGGAACAUCAUGCGCCCUCUGAUGGAGGUGGUCAAGUUUCUCCACAGCCAGAACAUCGUCCACCGGGACCUGAAGCCCGAGAACAUCCUGUUGGAUGACGAGAUGAACAUCAAACUCACCGACUUUGGCUUCGCUGUGCAGAUCAGCCCUGGACAGACACUUAAAGAGGUGUGUGGGACCCCUGGUUAUCUCGCUCCUGAGAUCAUCGAGUGCUCCAUGGACGCAGGACACGCAGGAUACGGCACUGCUGUGGACAUAUGGAGUUCAGGGGUGAUCAUGUACACGCUGCUCGCAGGCUCUCCGCCCUUCUGGCACAGGAAACAGAUGAUGAUGCUGCGCAUGAUCUUGGCCGGACAGUACGACUUCUCGUCUCCGGAGUGGGAGGACCGCUCAGACACGGUCAAAGAUUUGAUCUCUCGGAUGCUGGUGGUGGACCCGAGGCAGAGGUUCACAGCCACCGAUGUUCUCAACCACUCCUUCUUCUCACAGUAUGUGGUGGAUGAGGUGCGACAGUUCACUCCAUACAGAAGGUUCAAGGUCAUUUGCAUGACUGUUCUUGCCACAAUGAGAAUCUACUGCAACUACCGCCGAGCCAAGCCGGUCACCAAGGAGGUGAUCCAGAGUGACCCGUACGCCGUCAAGCCCAUCCGCAAGCUCAUCGACGCAUGUGCCUUCAAGAUCUACGGCCACUGGGUCAAGAAGGGCCAGACUCAGAACAGAGCAGCACUUUUCGAGAACACUCCCAAAGCCAUCCUGCUGUCAAUCACAGCCGAGGCCGACGACCCGGUCCAGCACAUCUGGUAAUGAUGAGCACUUCAGGAACUGGGAUGUACUUCUGCUCUGUGUGGCUUUGUCUACCUUUACACUUUGUUUAAAGGAAAAGGUAAAACAUAACCCAGCACAAGAGGAGAUUGUACUUAAUUUAAUUUUUUGUCUUUAAUGUGGAGAGCAUGUUUUGCUCAGGAAUUCUGAAAUGCAGCAUCGGUUACUACAGUGGGAUUCAUUUACCUCAUGAGCUGCCAAGGAUGGCAACAACACCGCUGAUCCAUACUUUGUUUUUCUGUCCUAAAUGUAGCCUGAAAGCACAACAGAUCUACUGGUACGAUGGCAUUUUGGUAAAGAAAAAGUGAACUAAUUUCUUAAAGUAUAUCCUCUGAAAACCUAGAGUAACACUUUACAUUGAGGAACACAUAUUAACCAUCAACUACUUGCUUACAAGGACAUUAGCUUCUUAUUUGUCAUUAUAGAGCACCUAUAAGCCCUUAUUCUACAACUGCUACCACAUUAACUAAGAGUUCUUCCUCAAUAACAUCCCAUGAACUGCUCAUUGAUAGUAAGGGAGUUGUUGUACAUAAAUAGUCAUUCUCAGUAAGCAGCACUUUAUAAAUAUGGUCUAUUCUUAUGUCACAAUACCCAGAAGUAACAUGUUUACUGGUAAGACUGGUAAAAAAGACAGACGUUAACAAAUGUUAGGUAAAUUGACAAAAAGCAAAGUCAUGUAAAAAUAACAGUUACAUAAAACCCCUAAAAGUUUGCAGUUAGAAUAACCAGAUAAUGUAAUGAAUAUAAUACAAUACUUGUAAGUGAAUUAAAUACUCAUGUGAAAUAGUCAUAAUUAAAAUGUGAAUGGGAAUAAAAUUAAACUAUUUAAAACUUAAAAUGUCUUUGAAAUAUGUUGCACAUUUUAAAAUGAGGUCUUGCUCAUGUGGAUGUGAAGUGUUUAACUACUAGGUUUAUCUAAUGUGUUCCCUAAUCCUAAGUGUUUCCAUAUUGAGUUAUUCUUUCUUCGAUGUUUCGUUUUAAGUCAGAAAGAAAGAUCGAAACAAUUCCCAUGUAUCAGAGCUGUUCCCAUUUGUCUUUUACUGUAUGAAAAACAAAUGUUGAUGUCAUCAAGUUCAGACAUAUUUAAAUAUAAUGUAAAAUGUUUAAAGUUGAAUUGAAGAAUUUCUGCUUAUACAAGUGUUGCUCUGAAGCACAAUGUACGCCUCCCUCCUCAGUCUGUAAGACUGUGAAGCCUCGGCUGAGCAGCCAAAGCAAAAACAUUGUGGUGAACCUGUGUACUUGAAAUGGCAUGGCCUUACAUAUUUGUGUAUUUCUUGGAUAUCUUUUUUUUUGCAGGAUGUACUGCACUGAACUACUUACUGUGUUAUUAUCAGCUUCAAGUGAAGUUGGUAGCACUUUUAAAAUGUAUGUAAUGGAUUUAUUUAUUAAA